CAUUCAUGGGUUAUCAUCGUCAAUCAUAGGUCAACGCUCAGAGUUGUCUAUAUAAUGAAAUCGAACUCAUUUUAAAAUAUUGUAUUUGCUUUUAAUAGUGCUUUCAAAUCAUUAAAACUUCAUUAAAACUUCAAACAAUGUCUGAAACAUCAAAGAAAGUUGUUCUAGCAUACAGUGGUGGCUUAGAUACGUCCUGUAUACUACUGUGGUUGAAAGAAAAAGGAUAUCAAGUUAUCGCUUAUAUGGCAAAUAUUGGACAAGAAGAGGAUUUCAACGUCGCUAGAGAGAAAGCAUUGAAAAUUGGCGCUGUAAAGGUUAUAAUAGAAGACCUUAGAGAGGUUUUUCUAUCUUCGUUUGUAUGGCCAGCUAUCGCAUGCGGGCUACUUUACGAAAGUAAAUAUCUUUUGGGCACAGCAAUCGCUCGACCAUGCAUUAGUGAAGCUCUGGUGAGAAUUGCAAAAUCCGAAAAUGCGUCUAUAAUUGCUCAUGGAGCGACCGGAAAAGGUAAUGAUCAAGUCCGUUUCGAAUUGAGCUGUUACAGCCUUUUUCCUGAUGUUCAGAUACUUGCACCUUGGAGAGAGAAAGAAUUUUAUACAAGAUUUUCAGGAAGAUCAGAUUUGCUAAGAUACGCACAACAAAAUAGAAUCCCUAUUUCAGCGACACCAAAAGAACCAUGGAGUACUGACGCAAAUUUAUUACAUAUUAGUUAUGAAUCGGGUAUCUUGGAAAAUCCUGCUACAUUAGCACCAAAACAAAUAUACAAAAUGACCAAUGAUCCAUUAAAUUCCCCGACAGAACCGGAAGAAAUUGAAGUCAGUUUUGAGCAAGGCUAUCCGUCCUCUGUCAAAAAAUUGAAAACUAAUGAGAUAUUUCUCACCCCGCUUAAAAUAAUAGAAUGUUUGAAUGAAAUCGGUGGAAUACAUGGUAUAGGACGUAUCGAUAUUGUUGAGAAUCGUUUUAUUGGUUUGAAAUCUAGAGGAGUUUACGAAUCACCAGGAGCUAAAAUUCUGCACGAGGCACAUCAAGAAUUGGAAACGUUCGUAUUAGAUCGCGAGGUUUCAAGAGUAAAGUCUUAUCUGACCAACAAAAUGUCAGAUUACGUUUAUAAUGGUUUCUGGUUUUCCCCAGAAUGUGACUUUGUACGGAAUGGUAUAUUAUAUUCACAAAAAUACGUAACUGGAGCGGUUCGAUUACAAUUGUACAAAGGAACCGUGUCUAUACUUAGCCGACAUAGCAAAGCAUCUUUAUACAAUGAAAGACUAGUUUCGAUGGACAUAAAAGGAGGCUUCGAACCUGAGGACGCGGGUGGUUUUAUUCGCACGCAAGCUUACAGAUUAAAAGAAUUUAAUCGCUUCAAAAAAGAAGCGGUGACACUUAAAUUCAUUGAAUAAUACAUAUUAAAAUGUGUAAUAUUUUAUAAAAACAAUAUAGUACUUUAAUUUGAA